CAAGUCAACCUCACCUCAUCAUUUGGUCUUGGUUAAUCUAGUAGCCCUCUUAGCUUUAUUUCCCCUUUAUAUUUUCCUUUUCCUUUCCUCAUCAAUGUCAUCACCUUUCUAGCUAUAUAACCACCACAUUCUAAUUUCCCCAUCAAAGAAUGCCACCCGUGCGACCAUGAAGGUUCACCAGUUCGCACGUGGGUUCCGGGACUGCAAGCGCCUCCGCCCCCUCGCCCCCGCCCCCUUCAACUUCAUCAGACAUGGAUCCUCGGAUUAUCAGAAAAGAGAAUCAACUCAGGCGGAAGCGCCGGCGCCGGGUGGGACGAGGUGGAAUCCGACUCAAGAACAGAUCGGAAUACUGGAGAUGCUGUACCAAGGCGGCAUGCGAACGCCCAACGCCCACCAAAUCGAGCAGAUCACUGCGCAGCUCGCCAACUACGGCAAGAUCGAAGGCAAAAACGUGUUUUAUUGGUUCCAAAACCAUAAGGCGCGAGAGCGCCAGAAGCAGAAGCGCGGCCUCAGCCCCCGCCAACCACCGCCUUCUCCAUUUGCCACGGGAGAGGAUUUAGAUUGUAGCGCGCAGAAAAGAAAGUGCAGAUCGUGGGCGUUUGAUCAAGUAGAUUACAGAUAUUGUAGAGAGGAAGAAGAAGGAGUUGAAGAUAGAACCCUGGAGUUAUUCCCUUUGCACCCUGAAGGAAGAUCUUGAGGAAUUAAUAGUUAAUGUUGACCUUAGUUAUGCUUAUUUGUAGUCUGCUUUUGAUUAAUGUCUGCAGCUGCCAGUCCAACCCUUAUUCUAUGUUUGCUUUUCUAAUUUUUGCUUUGUACAAGGGAAGAAGACAAGUUGUUGUAUUGUAUGGGGCAACUUUCUGAUGCAUUCUGAUCAAUUUUCAGUUACAAGGUAUUAUUAUUUCUUGCUA